AGAACAUGACAUUUAUAUUGACAAGAGAAGUUAUAUGUCAAAAAUAAAAAUAUUUGGAGAUUGGAGAACAUCUAUUAUUUAUUUUAUUUAAGAUUAAAAAAAUUGAUUAAUUAUGGGAUUAUUCGGCAAAACACCGGAAAGAAAUCCAAAAGAUAUGGUUACAGAAUGGAAUCAUAAAUUGAGGAAAGAAGGUUAUCAAUUAGAAAGACAGAUUAGAUCUAUUCAGCGUGAAGAAGAAAAAGUUAAAAGAUCUUUAAAAGAAGCUGCAAAAAAAAAUGAUAAAGACACUUGUUUAAUUUUAGCAAAAGAAAUUGUACAUUCAAGAAAAGCUGUUAACAAAAUUUACACAUCCAAAGCUCAUAUUAAUUCUGUUAUGUUACAAAUGAAGAAUCAAUUGGCAACUUUACGUGUAGCGGGUGCUUUACAAAAAUCUACUGAAGUAAUGCAAGCUAUGCAACGUCUCAUUAGAGUACCUGAAGUUGCUCAAACUAUGCAAGAUAUGUCAAAAGAAAUGAUGAAAGCUGGAAUAAUCGAAGAAAUGUUAGAUGAAACAAUGGAAGAUCUAGAUGAUACGGAAGAAAUGGAAGAAGCAGCACAAAGUGAAAUUGAUAAAGUAUUAUUUGAAAUAACAGAAGGGAAAAUUGGAGAAGCUCCUCUGCCUCCCACAGAACCAGCAGAAAAAGCUACACCUUCUCCAUCAAGAGAACCUGAACAGGAGGAUGAAGAAGAAAUUGAAGAAAUGCAAAGUAGGCUAGCUGCUCUGAAGUCUUAAGUUUAAUUGAAUAUAUACAGCUUAUAAUCAGAUUUUAAGAUUUGAUAUAUUUGGAAAUCUUCAAUAUUUUUUUUUAAAUUAGAAGGAACUAAUUUGCAAGAUUAUAUUUAAGUUAUAAGUAAAAUGACUUCUUCUGAGCUAUCAAAUAAUUUAAUUUGGUUAUAAUAUUGUUAUAUCUAAUGUUGAACAUAUGUGUGAUUCUUUCAGAGGCUUAAGUAAGUAGAUUAAAUCGUAGUUAUUUUAAAAAUUAUAAUAAUUAAUUGGGCAGUAUUCAAUGCAAUGAAAUCAUUUUCAUCCUAUUUUAUCAGUUAGUUAUACAUUAUUUACAAACAUUAAUUAUUAGCAUCAAACACUACUUAAGAGAGUUAAAUUGUAAGAAAUAGUUGUACUUGAAUUGAUAUUUUACAAAAUGAAGAAGUUUCAUUUCCUAACAGAGCUAUACUUUUUUAUAUAUUAUAGAAUCAUGUGUAGAAAUGAAAGUUUAAAGAAAUUGUUUAUUGUUGAGUAUGGUUAUCAUUGUGAAUACUAAAAAUUUCACUAGAUUUGAUUAUUUUGUAUAGAAAAUAUGCUAAAACAUAAACAUCUAGUCUUAAAAUUAUUUUUGCAUAUUAUAUCAUUUAAAUAUGAUUAAUCUUCUAAAUCAAACAAUUGGUAUUAUACGUGUUUCAGUGUACAAUUUUUCUCUGUUCAUUAUACUUUUUCAGGUAUCAGAUCUUAUAUCUAUUUCUUAAAUUAUCUUGACUUUCUUCCUAACCCUUAAUUUGGCAACGAUCUAAUUUAUUCAUUAAAAAAUAAUUUUUUGUUAAAAUUGUUCUUUAAGGUCUAAACAAGCUAAUUUUAAAGUUUGAAAAAUUUGGGUUCAUUUUUGGAUGAGCUAUGCAAUAAGAAUUUUGUAUUUUAAGUAUUUAAACCUUUUAUUCAUACAUAAAGUUUACAAUUAAACAUAAAACAAAAAAAUGUUCUCCUUAAGCUAAUUAAAAUUAAUAAUAAAAAAAUAUAUUGGUAAAAACCUAAAGCGUUAUAUAGAAAAUAAUCUUGAAAAUCAAAAUAAUCUAAAAAAUAAAACAUCAAUUUUUUUAAGUAAUAUAUAGAAAUUUUGAAAUAUGAAAGAAUUCAGAACAAUUUUUAUUAUUUUUGAAACAAAGCCUAAUUCUACGUUUUUAGCAAUGGACAGUUGUCUGCAGUACUUGGCAGUUUCUACAUCUUCCUUUUGAAUCGAAAUAUGGCAUAUGCCCCACCUGAUCAUAUCUAAGCGUAUCUUGGAUUGAUGUGGUUGCUUGCCUUGAAUUAGGAGGUGUGGGGGAGCGAGAGCUAGGUCUGUCUUUUUUGGGGCGACGGUACAAAAGAAGCUCUUCAGCUACUUUUUUUCGAGGAAGAGUGGUCUCUUAUAGAGUAACCAAGCAUUGUUUACUACUGUAUCCACCAUUUGUACAAAUAUAUUUGAAUACCAAAGAUGGGGUACCGGUACCAUUUCGUCAGCAGUCGACCGUUCCAUCAUUGUCUCAUCCUUUGACACUUCUGGAGCAUGUGGUGCAUACUCUGCAUCAGAACAUAUACAUCUAAAAAUUUGCUGACUGUCUGAAGUAAUACAUCUUCAUUCUCCGAUUUUCUUUAUUUUCUUCCUCAUCUCCAGAGUCCGCCUUUGGCUUAGGAAGUAAUAAAAGAAUAUAGCCAGCUCUUGAAAUAAAAGUUUUGCUAUGAAAAAGAAGAAAAAAAAAAUCAAAAUGUGGUUGAGAAGACAAAAAUGGUAACAAAUUCCUAAAUAAAAUUAAAACCAAAAUAAUAAAACUGAAUAAAUUUUGAAUUGAGGUAAAAUAAAUUUGAUUUUUUAAAUUAUACUCGAUUGUUUCUAAAUUAAUAUGAUUUUUAAAAAAAUAACAUGUAAAUUUACUAUAGUUAUUGAAGUAAUGAGUUUUUUUAAAUCAUAAGUAAUACUCAACCACUCAACCGAAUUGGCAAGUAUCCUACAGAAUACAGAUGGUAAAACGAAAUUUUCUUGGCUAAUAUCAAUUGAAUUGAUUCAGUUUUUGUUGAAAACAGAUGUUUACAUGUCAGUAUAGGUGAAUCAUAAUUUUUAAAAGCUGAAUUCAGAUUAUAAAUAAUAGUAAACUGUAGACUGAAAACUUACCCAACCGGAGGUAGACGCCAUUUCUUUGGCUGAUUUCACUGUUCCAAUUUGCAAAAUAAACAAUCUUUCACGCCAAGUGUGUGUUGGAAACUGAUUCAAUUUACUGUACAAGACCUAAAGAGACAAUGCGAUAGAUAAUGGAACUAAAAUAAAAGCGCUAAAUUUAAACAAAAAA